AUGGCCACCCGCCGCUGCACUCGGAAGCCUUCGCUGGUGCCUGGAGUCUCUAGGAUGGUUUGGAAGCACCUGGUCCUCUUCUUCCUCUGGCUGCCAUCGCUCGUUUGGGGCGGAGCCUCCCCCACCUCCUGCCCGGCCGCUUGUUCUUGCAGCAACCAGGCCAGCCGGGUCAUCUGUACGCGCCGGGAGCUGGUGGAGGUGCCCGAGAGCAUCUCCAUCAACACGCGGUACCUCAACCUGCAGGAGAACAACAUCCAGGUCAUAAAGACGGACACUUUCAAGCACCUCCGUCACCUCGAGAUUUUGCAGCUCAGCAAGAACCUCAUCCGCAAGAUUGAGGUGGGAGCCUUCAAUGGCUUGCCCAACCUCAACACGCUGGAGCUUUUUGACAACCGGCUGACCACUGUCCCCACACAAGCCUUUGAGUACCUCUCCAAGUUGCGGGAGCUGUGGCUGAGGAACAACCCCAUCGAAAGCAUCCCUUCCUAUGCCUUCAACCGAGUCCCUUCCUUGCGCCGGCUGGACCUCGGAGAGCUCAAGAAGCUGGAGUACAUCUCAGAGGCAGCUUUCGAAGGCUUGGUCAACCUGCGCUACCUGAACCUGGGCAUGUGCAAUCUCAAGGACAUCCCUAACUUGACAGCCUUAGUGCGGCUGGAGGAACUGGAGCUCUCUGGGAAUCGCUUGGACAUGAUCCGGCCAGGCUCCUUCCAGGGGCUGACCAGCCUCCGCAAAUUGUGGUUGAUGCACGCCCAGGUGGCUACCAUCGAACGCAACGCCUUCGAUGACCUCAAGUCCUUGGAGGAGCUCAACCUCUCCCACAAUAACUUGAUGUCGUUGCCGCACGAUCUCUUCACCCCCUUGCACCGCCUGGAGCGUGUCCACCUCAACCACAACCCUUGGCACUGCAACUGCGACGUGUUGUGGCUCAGCUGGUGGCUCAAGGAGACUGUGCCCAACAACACCACCUGCUGCGCCCGGUGCCACGCCCCACCCAACCUCAAAGGGCGCUACAUCGGAGAGCUGGAUCAAAGCCAUUUCACCUGCUACGCCCCAGUUAUAGUGGAGCCUCCCACUGACCUUAAUGUGACUGAGGGGAUGGCGGCUGAGCUGAAAUGCCGGACAGGGACCUCCAUGACGUCCGUCAACUGGCUGACGCCCAACGGCACGCUGAUGACGCAUGGUUCCUACCGGGUGCGCAUCUCAGUCCUCCACGAUGGCACGCUCAACUUCACCAAUGUGACCGUCCAGGAUACGGGACAGUACACUUGCAUGGUGACUAAUUCGGCGGGCAACACCACGGCUUCGGCCACACUCAACGUCUCAGCGGUGGACCCAGCCACCACAGGUUACACCUACUUCACAACGGUGACCGUGGAGACCAUGGACCCGGGCCAAGAAGAAUCCGUCCCCACGAAGAAGGAACCUGGGCCGACGCCGUCUCAGGGCUGGGGCAUGACUUAUUCCACCACCUCACUGACCCCUCGCAGCACCCGCAGCACGGAGAAGCCAUUCACCAUCCCCAUCACCGACGUCACCGAGAGCGGCAUGAAGGACCUGGACGACGUCAUGAAGACCACCAAGAUCAUCAUUGGCUGCUUCGUGGCCAUCACCUUCAUGGCUGCCGUGAUGCUCAUCGUCUUCUACAAGCUCCGCAAGCAGCACCAGCUUCACAAGCACCACGGCCCCACGCGCACCAUCGAGAUCAUCAACGUCGAGGAUGAGCUGCCCGCCUCGGCCGGGGCGCCCGGCGACAGCCACCUGGCUCUGCCCGCCAUCGAGCACGACCACCUCAACCACUACGCCGCUUUCAAGGCCCACUACAACAACAACAGCGGUGGCGGACCCCUCACCUGCGGCUCCAAGAACCCCAUGCUCAAUUCCAUCCACGAACCUCUCUUGUUCAAGAGCAGCUCGAAAGAGAAUGUCCAAGAGACACAGAUAUGA